AUGUUCUCUAGCCUACACAAGCUGCUUCCAAAUCAUCUCUUAGAGAAACUUCAUUCCUACAAGAGUGAAGAGGACAAACGAAAAUGUGAGGAUCCUGAACUCUCUGGAAUAGAAAGAAUCUUAAAAAGACAUGAGUAUCCAAAGGAGAUCAAUCUGACCCCAAAGCCAAGCAGUAUGCCGCUGUGGCAGAGAAAUAUCAGGAGCAGCGCCAGCCAGGGAUCAAAUAAAUGCCAGCGAAGCAACCCGGAGAUUCCGAUGUCGACUGUUGUCGUCAGUAACACUCUUCCUUAUUUGCUCCCUCACUAGAUGGCUGAAAAAGAACUUGCAAUCUACCGAAGGCCUUAAGUCAGUGACCCAGAAGCUGUCAGUCUUUGGGCCCAUCCAGUCAGUCACCUUCUGUGGACGGCAGAGUGCUAUGGUGGUGUUCGAGGAUAUAGUUUCAGCUUGCAAGGCCGUGAAUGCUUUCAAACGCGGGACUCCGGGCACCACGUUUCAGUGUUUCUGGAAACAGCCAUUCAUGUCGAGAGCCGUAAGACUGGCGUGAUCACAAACCUAUGUGACGUCUUGGGG